GAAGUUCCCUCAGGCGCGGCGGCGCGCGGGUGACGCAGGGCGCCGGGGCCGGGGAGGCGGCCGGGCCAUGGAAUCCGCGGCCAAGGGGGGCUACGUCCUCGCCAACUUGGCCGAGGUGGUGGAGCGCGUCCUUGGCUUCCUGCCCACAAAGGCGCUGCUGCGCGCCGCCUGCGUGUGCCGGCUAUGGAGGGAGUGCGCCCGGCGGACGCUGCGGACGCGGCAGCGAAUCGCGUGGGUGUCGGCGCUGGAGCCGGGCCCCGCCGAGAACCACGCGCUGGUGCGCGCGCUGGCCCGCGAGCUCGAGAAGGUGCAUGUGCUGCCACAGACCGUGCUCUACAUCGCUGAUGCGGAGACGUUCAGCGGGCACGAGGAGGGGCACGAACAAAAGAAAGCCAGAAAAAGAAACAGUAAAGAAACAGCACUGGCACUUGAAAAGUUGUUGCCAAAGCGAUGUCAGAUUCUCGGACUGGUCACCCCAGGAAUUGUAGUUACCCCGAUGGGUUCAAGCAGCAAUCAGCCUCAAGAAAUUGAAGAGGGCGAAGCUGGGUUUGCGCUGUUGUUUCCCAAAAUUGAUGGGGUGAAAAUUCAUACCUUCCAUUUUUCUAAAGACGUGAAAAACAGGGUCUUUGAUGAAAGUAAAUUUGCUGAAGCAGGUCUGAAGAAUAACCCAGAUCUCCGUGUUGUUCUUCUGUUUGGCUACAACUCCUGGAAGACUGGAGCUACUCGAUUUCUUCAUCAAAUAGUCAAUCCAUUGAAUGAGAAAAGUAUCAUCCUGGCUGGGGGACAAGUGGAGAGCUUUACAUCACUGACCUCUGAGAAUAACCACGCCCAGCCCGGUGACGCCUGCGGUGUGGUUGGGUUGGCUUUCAGCGGUCCCCAGAUCCAGAGUGCCACUGUCCUGCUAGACCAGGAUGUGGCUGAUGAGAGGACAGCAGAAGCGGCCAUGCAGCGUCUCAAGGCAGCAAACAUCCCCGAGCACAACACCAUUGGCUUCAUGUUUGCCUGUGUUGGCAGAGGAUAUCGGCAUUACAAAACCAAAAGGAAUAUGGAAGCAGAUGCAUUUAGGAAGUUUUUUCCAAAUGUACCCCUCUUUGGCUUUUUUGGACAUGGGGAAAUAGGAUGUGAUCGAAUAGUUACUGGGAAUUUGGUAUUAAGAGAAUGUAAUGACAUUAAGGAUGACCUGCUUCAUGGUUAUACUACUGUUAUGACUCUUAUUCACCUUGGUUCAACUAAAGCAAACCAAGCAUAAGUAAGGCUUAAUGCUUCAGUGAGCUGUUUGUUUCCUUUCAGAGAGCUGAGAAGCCUGUAAGAGUGGACAUCUUGCAGUCAAAGCCCCUUCCAAAACGUAAACAUCAUUUUGGUAAUACUGUCGACUCUCGUAGUUGCAAUAGUUUACUGUAAUAUCUGUGAGAGCACCUUGCAUUUUGUGUAAUCCUCUGUACACAUCAGAAUUGCAGGAAUUUAUAUUUGAUGGAAUUCUGCAAUUGAAGAAAGCCUCUUUCUUCCAAAAUGAAAAUGGUUUGUACAAAUCAUAGAAUAUGCUGAAUUGGAAGGGACCCAUCAGGAUCACUGAGUCCAACUCUUGGCCCUGAACAGGACACCCCAAGAAUCACACCAAGUGCCUGAGAGUGUUGUCCAAACUCUUCUUGAGCUCAGGCAGGACUUGGUGCUCUGAUCACUUCCCUGGGAAGCCUGUUCCAGUGCCCAGCCACUCUGGGUGAAAAACCUUUUCCUGAUAUCCAACCUAAACCUCCCUGACUCAGCUUCAUGCAUGAGAGUGAAGAGAUGUUGAAGACCAGCAAUGAGGUCUCCCCUCAGUCUCCUCCAGGCUGAGCAAACCAAGUGUCCUCAGCCACACCUUUCACUUCCUCAUGGCAUUCCUCUGGACCCCCUCUACACUUGAUGUCUUUUUUAUGCUGAGGUGCCCCAAACUGCCUCCAGGACUGGGGACUGCCCCAGUGCAGAGCAGAGCAGGACUGUCCCCUCCCUGCCUGCCUGGGGGUGCUGGGCCUGAUGCCCCCAGGACAUGACGGGCCCUGCUGGGUGCCAGGGCACAGCUGGCUCAUACCCAACCCACCACUGACCCCAGCUCCCUUCCCACAGCUGCUCCCCACCUCCUCUCCCCAGCCCCACACACAGCCAGGGCUGCCCCGUCCCAGGCGCAGAGUCCAGCACUUGUCAUUGUUACAUUUCAUGUGGUUGGUGAUUGCCUGUCUCUCUGUCAAGGUCUCUUUAGGGCCUCUGUCCUUGAGGGAGUUGAUAGCUCCUUCCAGUUUAGUGUCAAUGGCAAACCCAAACCCAAAUGUAGAAAACAGUACUUUGAUAUGCUCUAUUUGUGUAUGUAAAGCAGUUUAGGAAAACUACUGAUGCAUUAAAUCUGCUAUUUCCUGGAUUUUAUUUCUGGCGAGAUGCUGAACUUUCCCAGAGUCCUAUUUACAAAACUGAACCGUUUUACUCAAUAAAAUCAAUGAAAAUCUUUAGAGAAAAGUAACAAAAUACUUGUUAAAUAAAGAUAGAAGUAUGUCAAAGUA